AGAAAACAAUAAUAUAUAAUUAAAAUAAUUAUUUUUAAUAUAAUUAAUAUUAUCCGAAGCUGUUUCGAUGGAUUAAUCGUGAGAAUUGGAUUUUUGAAUCAGAAAAAUUGACUCGAUCCGUGGUGGGUCGGGUGGGGGUGGGUUGACCCGUAAACUCAGCCCUAGGUGCCACCCACUUCUUUUUUUUUGGCUUAUACGUACACGGUUGUUUAAUUUCGGUCAUAUUGUUUUUUCCUAUUUGGUUGGUUGACCUGAGAACUCAAAAGCGGCUUCCAGCGAUGCUACCACCGGAGAAUAUUCUUCCAAUCACGGCGGAAGAGAGGCAUCAUUCUUUCGGUGAGGUUAUCUCUCUUUCGGUGCAAAAUCUAAUCGCGUUUGUUUCUAGUCAACGUCCAUGGUUGGAGUUUCUAGCAUUAGGUUCUAUGGACCUUCCUACCUCUUUCUCUUCCGCUGUCUCGCGCUCAAAAGUCAACCUCCGCCAUUUCGUGGUUAACUACUCUCUCAUCACCGCGGCUUCGAUCACACUCUUCUUGGUUAGUAAUCCGACGGCUCUUGUCACCCUUGCCACUUUUGCUAUCUUGUGGUUGCUCUUAUGCUUUUGUAGGGACCAUCCUUUGGUCUUGUACGGUCGACAAGUUAGUGAGAAAGUGAUCUUCUUUGGAUUGAUCGUUGGCUCCUUCUGGGGAUUUUGGCUCACGCAUUGCUUCUUCAGUCUGGUUCUUGGGGUCUUGACAGGUGUCUUGCUUUGUUUGGUACAUGCCGUCUUACGUAAUCCAGAUGACCUCUUUGUACAAGAAGAGGAAGUUGUUGUUCCUUCCCAUUUUCUUCAUUGGAGCUGAAAAAACUUUGUGCUUAUGUUUUCACUUUUGUACUACGUAUGUUUGGCCUUUGCUGCAGUGGCGGACCCAAGAUUUUUUUUAAUCUGGGUCAGCGACAAAUUAAAUUUCAAAAAGUAAAACAAAAUAGGAUAUUGAAACCGUUAACUCAUAUUUUAGGGGGUGCAACUAGGGGUGUCAAAAUGGGUCAUGACCCAUGGGUUAACCCAAUCCAAGUUGAACCAUUAACCCAAAUGAACUGUUUAUUUUUGAUUCAAUGGGUUAAUGGGUUAAAAGGUUAAUGGGUUAAUAGUUUAAUGGGUUAACAAGUUAAUGGGUUAGCAAGUUAAUGGGUUUAUUGGGUUGGGUCAACUCUGACCCAUUUUGUUUUCAAUUAAGAAAACUACGAGUAAACCACUCAAUUCUAAGGUUUGAUAGAAUUGGAAAAUCAUGAAUUUCUCAAAAGUUCAAUCAUUUAUUCGGUGGUAAAAUGCAUUUCCCGCUAAAACCGCAAAAAUAAUUUUUUUCGCCAAACCCGCAUAAACGUGUUUU